GGGGGGCUCGGGCUGGGGGCGCGGCCUGCGCCAGCCGCCCCACCCUCCUUGCAUAAAAGCCGGAGCCCGCGGGGCCGACGCUCUCAGCCCGUCGGUUCCCGAGCGCCUUCCCGGUGACCCCGCAGUGGGUGUGUGAGGGGAGGACGGACAGACCCACCAGACGCCGCCGGACCAGGAGGACGCUGACGAGGCACCAUGCGUGAGAUCGUGCACAUCCAGGCGGGCCAGUGCGGCAACCAGAUCGGCGCCAAGUUUUGGGAGGUCAUCAGUGAUGAACAUGGGAUUGACCCCACUGGCAGUUACCAUGGAGACAGUGAUUUGCAGCUGGAGAGAAUCAAUGUUUACUACAAUGAAGCCACUGGUAACAAAUAUGUUCCGCGGGCCAUCCUUGUGGAUCUGGAGCCAGGCACGAUGGAUUCGGUUAGGUCUGGACCAUUCGGCCAGAUCUUCAGACCAGACAAUUUCGUGUUUGGCCAGAGCGGAGCUGGGAAUAACUGGGCCAAGGGCCACUACACAGAGGGAGCCGAGCUGGUUGACUCGGUCCUGGACGUGGUGAGGAAGGAGUCAGAGAGCUGUGACUGUCUCCAGGGCUUCCAGCUGACCCACUCUCUGGGGGGCGGCACCGGGUCCGGGAUGGGCACCCUGCUCAUCAGCAAGAUCCGGGAAGAGUACCCAGACCGCAUCAUGAACACCUUCAGCGUCAUGCCCUCACCCAAGGUGUCAGACACCGUGGUGGAGCCCUACAACGCCACCCUCUCUGUCCACCAGCUGGUGGAAAACACAGAUGAAACCUACUGCAUUGAUAACGAGGCCCUGUACGACAUCUGCUUCCGCACCCUGAAGCUGACCACCCCCACCUACGGGGACCUCAACCACCUGGUGUCGGCCACCAUGAGCGGGGUCACCACCUGCCUGCGCUUCCCGGGCCAGCUGAACGCAGACCUGCGCAAGCUGGCCGUGAACAUGGUGCCCUUCCCGCGCCUGCACUUCUUCAUGCCCGGCUUCGCGCCCCUCACCAGCCGGGGCAGCCAGCAGUACCGGGCGCUCACGGUGCCCGAGCUCACCCAGCAGAUGUUCGACUCCAAGAACAUGAUGGCUGCCUGCGACCCGCGCCACGGCCGCUACCUGACGGUGGCUGCCAUCUUCCGGGGCCGCAUGUCCAUGAAGGAGGUGGACGAGCAGAUGCUCAACGUGCAGAACAAGAACAGCAGCUACUUCGUGGAGUGGAUCCCCAACAACGUGAAGACGGCCGUGUGCGACAUCCCGCCCCGCGGCCUGAAGAUGUCGGCCACCUUCAUCGGCAACAGCACGGCCAUCCAGGAGCUGUUCAAGCGCAUCUCGGAGCAGUUCACGGCCAUGUUCCGGCGCAAGGCCUUCCUGCACUGGUACACGGGCGAGGGCAUGGACGAGAUGGAGUUCACCGAGGCCGAGAGCAACAUGAACGACCUGGUGUCUGAGUACCAGCAGUACCAGGACGCCACGGCCGACGAACAGGGGGAGUUCGAGGAGGAGGAGGGCGAGGACGAGGCGUAGAUGCCCCGCGAGGCGGGUUAGGGAAAGCGGAGGAGGAAAGCGAGGGGGUGGGGGGCUUCCCGGGACGAUACCCUGGCAGUCGAAGGAAAGAAGCAUGGUCUCCUUUAGGUGUGCGCUGGGUCUCUGGUGCUCUUCACUGUUGCCUGUCACUUUUUUUCCCUUUUUUGUAAUAUUGAUGACAUCAAUGUAACAUUUGAGAUAUUUCUGAAUUACUGUUGUAAUGGCUAAAAUCACAUAAACGUUUGUGUCGGAAUGGUGUCCUCUCUUCUUUCUCUUCCUUUUUCUCUGUAUUAACGAUUCAAAUGUAACUUUCUGAACACAUUGCAUUAAAUUCUUCCUUUAACAAAAAGCAAAGGCGUAGGUAAAAGCUCAAAUGAAUUUAUUCUUUGGGUAUUGGUAAAAUUGAACCAAUCACAGUUAAGAUGAGAGAUCAACCUGAGUUUGAAAACACCUUUAAUAAAUAUUAGUUGAAAAAA